UUGGAAGAGGGGGAGGAGGAGCGGAGAAUGAGCUAUUCUUGUACCAGCAGAGGCAACAGCCAGGACCCAUCAAGCGCUAAGAAGCCUGCCGGUAAUAAUCCAGGCAGAGACACCGGGGGCACAGACGGCACCGACAGCAGCAGCAGCUCCAGCAGUAACGGAACCGGAGGCAGCCCGAAGCAAAAGGCGGCGAUGAAAGUGAAGAAAGGCUGCAACUCGACCGACAUGGGGGUCCCGGAGACCACGGAGGAGGAACUGCUGGCAAGCGCCGUGAUCAGUCCAGAGGAUGUUCUGGGUUUGCAGAAGAUCACAGAGAAUUAUCUAUGCAGCCCAGAGGAGAACGUGUACAACAUUGACUUCACCAGAUUUAAGAUCCGGGACAUGGAGACAGGCACAGUACUGUUCGAGAUCACCAAACCUCCGUCCACAGAAAAAGCAGGAGAGAAGAGGGACAUUGACCCAAAUGCUGGGCGAUUUGUGCGUUACCAGUUCACCCCCGCUUUUCUCCGACUGCGGCAAGUUGGAGCCACCGUCGAGUUCACAGUGGGAGACAUGCCGAUAGAGAACUUCAGAAUGAUCGAGAGGCAUUAUUUCAGAGAGAAGUUGCUGAAGAGCUUUGACUUUGAGUUCGGCUUCUGUAUGCCCAGCAGCAAGAACACCUGUGAACACAUCUACGAGUUCCCACCUCUGUCCGAGGACAUUAUCAGAGACAUGAUCCAACACCCGUACGAGACACAGUCCGACAGCUUCUACUUUGUGGACAAUAAGCUGGUGAUGCACAACAAGGCGGACUACUCAUACAACGGGGGCACAUAGAGACGACACACAGCAACACAAGAGAAUGGUGGAUGUAUGGACUGACCCAAGGGACGAUCUGGGGACGCUGGUGGGAUUUACAUCCAGUCGACCCUGUAGUAUCUCUCCCACAUCCCUCCCCAUCUCCCUCUCUCUUUCUCUUUCCAACUCAUCAGGAGAGAUGAGUCUGCCUGUG